UACAUACCAGUACAUACACUAUAAUAAUUCCUUCUCUACCUCCGUUCCAACUUCCAAAUUGCCAAUCCAACGUUUAAGCACAGAAACACCUGCGGAGAGUGGACUUCACUCCAUAGUCCGUCCAUCCACACACACAGAAAUGGCGGACGAGGCGCAGGAUAGCGAGAGCCCUAAGACAGAAACCAAGGGUUUAGCGCACGACAUCGAGUCCCAGAUUAAAGGAGCUAUGCGCUCUUGCGUUGCUCAAUUCAAAGAACAAGCCGAUUCCUUGACAUUUGAGGGGGCACGGAGAUUGUUAGAGAAAUACUUGGGGUUGGAGACAUAUGCUUUGGAUGUGCAUAAGAGACUUGUAAAGCAAUAUUUACUGGAGUGCUUAGAUGGUGCUGAUUCUGACAAUGCCUUGAAGACUUCUGGGGAUAUGGGGGAGAAAAGUGUGACCAGAGAAGUGGCUGACUCAUCUGAGGGGCUUCAUUCCAAGAAAGAUGUAAAGGAUUCGGAAGACUCUCCAGUUAUGGGCCUUUUGACAAGACAUAAAACUACCAAAGCUGGAUGUGAGGAAUCUAAAGCCAGUGAAAAUAAAGAAGUUCCAAGUGAGAGCACAAUAAAGAAAGCUGUUAGAAAAAGAGCUUCUUAUGUCAAAGCUAAUUCCAUGAAAAUUACAAUGGCUGAACUUCGUCGACUUCUGGAGAAAGAUCUUGAACUAGAGGAAUAUACUCUUGAUUCCCAUAAGAAGUUUAUUAGUCAACAAUUAGAUGAUGUGUUGCAAUCUCAUGAAUUUUCUGAAGAAAAACCUGCAAGUAAUCUCAAGAAAGAUCUUAAGAAAAAGUAUGAUGGGAAAGCAUCCAAUAGGGUCAGUAGUGAAGAGAGUUCUGAUUCCUCAGAUAGCAAGGAUGAUGAGGAAGAAGAAGAAGUGAAACCUCGAAAGAAAAAUGUUCCAAAAGGAAAGAUGCAUAACUCGGAUGUUAAAAAACGGGGAAGACCUUCAAAGGAGACCAACAUAUCUAGUGGUAAGCGGAGGAAGGCUGUGAAAACAAUAUCAAAGGAAAAUUUUGAUGCAAAAGAUGGUGGAAAUGUCUCUGAAGAUGGUCAAUCUGAAUCAUCUGAAGAGAAACCUGUGAAGAAAAAAGACAUUUCAAACCCUGCAUAUGGGAAACAAGUGGAGCAUCUGAAAUCAGUUAUCAAAUCUUGUGGAAUGAGUGUUCCCCCAUCCAUUUACAAGAAAGUAAAGCAGGUGCCUGAGAACAAACGUGAGGCCCACCUGAUAAAGGAGUUGGAGGAAAUAUUAUCCAAAGAAGGCUUGUCUGCAAAUCCUUUGGAAAAAGAAAUCAAGGAAGUUAGAAAGAAGAAAGAAAGAGCAAAAGAACUUGAAGGCAUUGACAUGAGUAAUAUUGUGCAAAGUUCACGUAGGAGGUCCACAGACAGUUUUGUAGCGCCUCCAAAGCCCAAAGUUCCAGUUGAAAGCAAUGGUGACGAUGCUGAAGAUACGGAAAAAGACGACAAUGAAGAUGGCGAUGAUGAUGAAAUAGACGGAGAUGAUAAUCAUGAAGAUGAUGAUGACAGUCAGAGUGAAGAGUUUAAUCAGGAUGCUGAUGAGGACAGUGAUUAAAUUCUUUGUAACUGGUGGACUUGCAAGAUUAUGGAUAACAGAUAAGAAUGUACAAUUUAUUUUAUUAUUAUUCUGAUUCUUUUUUAAAAUUUUGUUUUGGGUGUAGUCUUUGAUGGAGAAUUCGCAUUCAGCUUUGCCAACUAGGAUUUUUAAGUUCAGCAAUAUCAGUGACUCAAAACUCCUUUGCCGGAGAAAGUAGUACAGGUAUCAAUGUAGUAGUAUCAGUGAUCUGCCAAGUUUUUAUGCUGUCA